CGAUCGUUUGUUCCUUCGCUCUGCUUAUAUAGAAAAGCGUUGGUGUAAGGAAAAAGAGAAAAAAAAGAAAAGGAAAUAGAAAAAGAAAAAGGAAAGUAAGAAGUGCAAAAUCACCCCCGGAUCGGGAAAGAUCGCGUUCCUCGGAGGCACCGGAAAAGAUCCAUUAACGUUACAUGAUCUUCUUCAAAGAUGUACGCGGCUGUCCAACGAUCUUUUGAUUUGCCCGACAUCUGACGCCUACGCGGCUCUGCGCAAGACGGGACGUCUCAAAAUCGGCCGUUAGAAUAAGAGAACAUCCCUCUGUCAUUCGUUAGGAACGAUUCAUGAAUCGGGGAUGCGGAAAGCCGGGCAUGUGACGGCCGAUUUCGCGCGUCCUUCGAUGGGUAGGUCGAUCGGUCGGCCCAACUUCCGUUUGCUCGAUUUCCUAUUAUUCGCUGACGCGACGCGACGCCUCCGUCCCGCGUCUCUCGUAAAACGUUAACGAGACGUCGAUAAUUCGAUCGCAACGCGGGGGAAGCGUACGCGAGUACAUUUAGCCGUGUAAACACGCACCUGUCCUGCCUUUCACGGCCGGACAGGAAUAUUAUUUUCUGCACCAGAUACCAGCAAGAUCGAUCGCUUCCUCCCCUACUCUUUCUGUCCAACCGACGCCCUCUUGACAUAGGUAAACAACGACCGGAUGAAAACUAGUCAUCGACGAAACGAACGAUCCUCGAUCGAGCCGAUUUCCAGCGGAUCUUCUUCUUUCCGUUACCGGCAACGAGAAAAGGAAACAAGCCGGCAAUCUCCGGUUAGGAGUCUCUCGGGGAAUCGAGCGUAGAGAGUAUAACGACGCGACACCCCCGUUGUAUCGCUUGUUUACGGAACGAGGGGAACGCUUGCCGGAGGAGAAGAAAAGUUUUCACAGGUUAUCCAGGUUAAAGUUAGAUUGCCGGGAAGAAAGGAAAAGAGCGAGAGGAAGGAAAAGGGUUUGGAAGCGGUUGUUUUUCAGCGUUUCGAUCGAUCGAUCGUUCGGGGCGGAUUGUCACCGGAGGAAGAAGGAUCGGCGAACGACGCCGCGGGGGCGAAGCGUGACGAGUAGGCGCCGUCAGGGGCACGCGUAAUGGAUUUCGGUGGCGCGCUUGCUCCAUAUAGCACCCUCCUCUCCUCUCGUCGCGAGGAACCUCGCCGAUUAGCCUGUAUAUAUUUGGAGGAAACACGAGGAGGCCUGAUACACGGCACGCGAUUUUCGAUCCGCGACAACGUUUCCUCUCGCUACUUAACAAAACCCGCGUUCUCGUGUGACUUUCUCGUCAAAUCGAAUCAACGAGCAAGAGACGCAUACUCACGAUGUCGAGCUAUUCUUCCUCCACCGUUUCUCUGGCUUUUCUGUUCACGAUCGCGAUCACUUGGAUAGCGAUCGCGUCCGUUCAGGUUGGAGCGAACGUGUUGCAACGAGAUCUCUACGGACCGGCGAACGGACAAUUCCUAGCUGGAUAUCCCGAUGAUCACGGAGAGGCGACGAAGGAAAAAUCGGCGCAGCUGGAACAGGGAUCGUCCCGAUUCGGCAACGCGAAUGAUAUAGGCGGACGACAGAUGACGGGAGACGGCGCCCCGAGGGUCAAGAUACCACCGACGCUUUCAAAGUCCCGAUUGUUUCGCGACGAGGAAGUAAACCGGUUGCUGCGAAAUCUGGAUCAAAUCGGUGGCGGGAAUCUGUUGAGGCGGCGAGGACUGGAAAUCACGUACGAGCCUCGCUGGUUAACGCCGCGACGGAACCUCGACCAAAUUGGCGGUGGAAAUUUGCUUCGCAGCGUGGACGAACGCUUCGCUCGGAACUUGGAUCAGAUCGGCGGCGGAAACUUGGUGCGAAGCGUGCUAGACGAUCGACGCAGAAACUUGGACCAGAUCGGAGGAGGAAAUCUGGUGCGGGACCUGUCUGAAAUCGCCGGAGAACUCGAGGCUCGAGCUGUCGAGUCACGGUCAGGGAAGGGUGAUUCGUAGAGCACCGCGAUGAUUUUACUUUCUCGAUUCUGCGAAUCGAACGUAGUGAUCCUUGCCGAUGAUAGAAUCUUCGCUUCGUCGGUGACUUUGUAGCGCGCGUAGUAGCAGCAAAUAAAUAGACUGUACCGCCUCUCGCGAUGUCCACGUUA